CCUCUGGGUCUGAGAGACUGGCUGGUCUGAAGAGAGGAGGGGCAUAGAGAGCGUACUCUUAUAAACCUUCAACUGCAUAUCUUCCUCAAUCCAUAAACACGGCGAUGCUCGUCUACUGGUGUAAACAGGGGUACGCUUCAUUAGGCUUCUCGAUAUUGGCCGGAAAUUAAACGUGUUGAUGAAACGUUUUGGACGUUUGGUUCCAUACUGAAUUCGAAAGCAAAAUUGGGAUUCAGCAGCAAAGAAAAAGUUGGAGAAGUUUACGUCUAAGGCGAAUAGAAGAAGAGGACGCAUCGGAUUCUGCAACAGCAAAGGACUGUUAUUUACUUCAGUGUCCAUUUCAGGAUGUUAUUAACUUCCUUCAUCAGAGUGUCUUCUUCUCUCCCCGUGAUCUAGAAUAAGGAAGGACGUAUUGUUAAUGUGAAUGCCUGUCUCUACGGUAGAGAAAGACUAAACCCAAGGAGGAAGAAACAGUGAAGCUUUUAUUGCGCUCCGCCUUUCCCGCGUGCUGAACUGAACCAUGCAGCAUCCCUUGGACUUGGGGGCUCACUAUUAUCCCCCGGAGGUUCACCCCGACCACCGCUCCCACUCACACCGCUACCGAAGCUUUAUGAUCGAAGAGAUUCUCACCGACCACCCGGACCAUAAGGUGUCUACCCCGGCAGGGGAGCUGCUCAAGUUCGGAGUACAAGCUCUGCUCUCGGCGCGGCCAUACCACAAUCACCUGGUUUUGAAGGCAGACCAAUCGGGUAUCCUGAAGUUCCCGAUGUCACCACUCUCCUGCUCACUGGGAUCACCGUUAGGCUCCGCUCUCCUAUCCGGGGCUCCGGGGCUCCACGGCGGCUCAGCUUCCCACCACCUCCCGUUGGACCUCCACCUCCGGAGCAAGCUGGAGCACGGCGGAGACGGCAACAGCAAGACCAAGAAAGGCCGCCGGAGCAGGACGGUCUUCACUGAGCUACAGCUAAUGGGCUUGGAGAAAAGAUUUGAGAAACAGAAGUACCUUUCAACACCAGACAGAAUAGAUCUGGCUGAGUCUCUGGAUCUGAGUCAACUACAAGUCAAGACCUGGUACCAGAACAGACGAAUGAAAUGGAAGAAAAUAGUCCUACAAGGAGGAGGAUUGGAAUCUCCAACCAAACCAAAAGGCCGUCCGAAGAAGAAUUCCAUCCCGUCGAGCGAGCAGCUUUCGGAGCAGGAGAGGUCUGGAGACGUCGACCGUCAGUCGGACGGUUCCACCUCGUCACAUUCAGACACUAACCAAGAGGAAUAAUAAUGUUGGUGCUCCGACUAACUGACAACUCUCUGAAGACGUUCGCCAGACGUUCAUACAGCCUCUGGGAUGCGUAAUGGUGGUCGACGGUUGAAUCGAAGUGCCUUGCCCUUGACUUCGAUAUUUUUGGCACUUACAUAGAGAGACUGAUGUUGGCCUCCCGUAGGAGAGGCGGAACUCUAUUUUUAUUACUAGUAUCGUCCUCCAGACACUUCCUCCUUGGGACGAGGUUACUUUUUGUAUGCUAUUGUCACAUCUUCUUUCGUAAUCAAUGUGUUGUCAAUACCUAUGCUUCCAUCCGCCUCACGCCGAACGAACCGUUAUGGAGCGGUUGCGGAGGGAGGGAGGGAGGGACACACAUCGAGCAGUAGGUGCACUCUUUCAUUGCCUCCAUUCAAAUGACCCACUUUACACAUACGUCUUCUGUUCUGCUUUUGUUUAGCAUAUUUACAUGUUUUAUUGGGCUGUGUUUUUAUUAUAAGGACAUUGUUGGAUGUAAUUAAAUAUUUUUUCACUUA